AAAUGACUUGCGGUCGCUCGUUAGUGGCGGCGGUGCUGCUGACCUUCGUCAUUUUCGUGACCGUUGACGCAUCGUUCAUCAACCCGUACGCCCGGUUCUGGAAGCGUCACCGUGGGUUGUCUCGCGCCAGCAGUGGGGACAAUGGCGAGCCUCUAUUCGUGACUCCGCUGCUGGAAGCUGGGAAGGUCAAGGAAGCUCAAGCGGCGGCCCGCGUCAAUCACAGCCGGAUCGUGGGCUUCGAGAGCUACACCGGCUUCUUCACCGUGGACAAGCGCUACAACUCGAACCUGUUCUUUUGGUACUUUCCCGCGAAGAAUGUGACCGCGGAUACGCCGGUGCUGCUGUGGCUUCAGGGUGGACCCGGGGCCUCGUCGCUGUUUGGACUGUUCGAGGAGAACGGGCCGUUUUUCAUCUCGAAGAACUUGAAGGCAGUCCCGCGGGAGUUCUCCUGGCAUCACAAUCACCACCUUAUCUACAUCGACAAUCCGGUUGGAACCGGGUUCAGCUUUACUGAUAGUGAGGAUGGGUACGCGCGCAACGAGACGCAGGUCGGCGAGAAUUUGUACCAAGCGCUGGUGCAGUUCUUCCAGUUGUUCCCGCAGCUGCAGAAGAAUCCAUUCUACGCCAGUGGGGAAUCGUACGGAGGAAAGUACGUUCCAGCGAUCGGCUAUACAAUCCACAUGAAGAAUCCUACCGCCAAGAUCCGCAUCAAUUUGCAAGGACUGGCGAUCGGCAACGGGUACAGCGACCCCCUGAACCAGAUCGAUUACGGUGAUUAUCUGUUCCAGCUGGGACUGAUCGAUUCCAACGCCAAGGAUCGAUUCGAUCGAGAUGAAGCCGAUGCGGUAAAUUGCGUCAAAAACAAUGACUACGACUGCGCAUUCAAAAUCAUGGAUGACCUCAUGGACGGAGACACCGACGGAACGUCCUUCUUCAAGAACAUCUCCGGCUUCGACACGUACUACAACUACCUUCACACAGCCGAAGAUCCAACGGACGAGUUCUACCUGGCCGCAUUCCUAAAACUGCCAGAAACCCGAAAGGCACUCCACGUCGGCGAUCUACCCUUCCACGAUCUCGAACAGGACAACAAGGUCGAGAAGUAUCUACAGCACGACAUCCUCGACUCGGUCGCACCCUGGAUCGUCGAACUGCUGGCCAACUACCGCAUGCUCAUCUACAACGGCCAGCUGGACAUAAUCUGCGCGUACCCGAUGAUGGUCAACUACCUGAAGAACCUCCCGUUCAACGGAGCCGCCGAGUACAGAACCGCCGAUCGGUACAUCUUCUACGUGGACGGCGAGAUCGCCGGCUACUUCAAACUGGUCAACAACCUGCUCGAGGUGCUCAUCCGAGACGCUGGCCACAUGGUUCCACGCGAUCAACCCAAGUGGGCGUACGUCAUGAUCAACACCUUCACCACGGUGCGCGCCUUCGACGAGCAGAACUAAGAUCGCUUACCUGACGGCUGGAACCGCACGACGUCGCCGCAUCGUUCCCGGUAGCUCAGAACCUGGCACUUUUGCCACGGACCAAAGUAUCCUCGAUCCUCUGAAAAGAAAAAAACAAAAAAAUCAUUCUAACUCAACAA